UUUGAAAUAAAUACAAUUGAAACAAAAUCACGUAUAAACAAGUAUAACCAGUCAUAUGUAAAUUGUGAACGUUACGACUAGCGUUGUUGCCUUGACAACAAAUUGCAAAUGGUUUAUUAGAUUUUUUGACAAUUUUUAUAUGUGCCACGGAUAAAAGAAAAACUUAUCCAAUUAUUAAAUAAAAUGUCUAUUGUAGAAAUUAUUCAGCACAAUGAAGUCAUAUAUACAAUUUUGGAUAAACCACCGCCAGAACCGCCUAAAACACCGAGGUAUCAAUCACAAUUGGAGAAACAGCUAAAGGAAAUGAAAAUACCGAAACAGAGGCGUACAUUUGGAUAUGCAGAAACCCCGCUCAAUCCCCCUGACAACUUCCUAAAAAAGGGGGAAGGCAUUGGACAGCCUAUAAAAACAUCUGAUCACAAAUGUUUUGUAUCGGGCAAUCUACCUCCAGUGCCGAAGCGUUCAGCCAUGCCCAAAAAACAAGAGAAGCCCAAAGUAAACUUUAGAGUACUAAACAUAAAGAAGGCUAUUAAAACCAAACCAAAGCCCUUAGAGCCCCGAUUGGUGGAUACACGAGAUGGACACAUAAAAAAAAUUAAAGGGUCCGGGGAAGUUCCAGAAUAUUGUCUUAGAAAAGAUUUUGGUCAAAUGCCAGCAUAUUUAGUAAAACGAAAUAGAAAAAUUCAGAGAGACCUGGAUCGUAUUAAAUAUGCAGAAGAACAUAAGGAAAGUUUAUGUAAACUCAUCAAUGAACAAGAGAGACAAGCGUUAUUGAAGGAUUUAAAAUAUAAUUGGCAACUGAUGCAGAAGGCAUUUUUACAAUUGCCAAUGCUAACGGAUACAAUUCCGAAGAUUUUGAAAAAGACGAAAAUGGAACAGGAGCUACGACAGUUGGAAAAAGACAUAGCCCUUGUAGAAUCAAAUCCAUAUAUUUAUGUAUACGAUUAAUUUUAUUUGUCUUUACGCAAAUUAAUAAUAUUUUUUCAAUGUCAUUGCCAUUAUCAGUAUUGCUUAUAACAUAUACGUCUAUUAUUUAAAAUUAACAGUAAUUAAACAAAAUUAUUUAAAAUUAACAGUAAUUAAACUUGUGUGCAGAAACACACAUGUUAUUUUGUUGUCCAGCGAUCUUUUCUAAAGGUGUUAUUAUUAAAAGGCAUAUUGUUUGUUAUAGAAUGUAAGCUUUUUUCGACGCUUCAUUACAUUAGAAGUAGCGGCAAAACUUUUAUUAUCAAAACAAAUUUAUCCGAAGUAGGAAUGAAAUGAAAUAAAAAUGAAUAUACAAGAAAAAAUAAUUGAUAUUUUUUUUGUUAGUAUCUUUUUUUAAAGUAAUUUUGAUAUAAGAACAAAUUAU